ACGAGGAAGUACGAAGGGCAAGUCAAGCUGAGGCGUGGCCUGCGAGGCACUUCACCUCCAUCUACCUGAACACAAAACGCUUGUCACCACUGAGAGGAACUCUUCUAUAUGACAUGAGCGGGACUGAAGACACUAUAUAAGGACAAACGUGGGUGUGAUGGUGUGCUAUUUGCUGUAAGCAGUAUCCAAAAUGGCAGGUGAUACCAGCACACUGUCAUGGAAGGUGCCAAGCCCGGAUUUUGACGGGCCAAAAACCCCUGUGUUUGCCCUUGCUGGAGAGGGAGGCCCUGUGAAAAUACUUAAAGUAUGCUUCAGCAGCAGCAACAACCUGAAAAACUUCAAACUUGUCAAGUGUGAUAGCUCGUGGCAGAUAAGGGCUAUCAUCCAUUCCAUCCUGAUCAGUGGGCGUUUGGGCCCUAAUGUGCAGAAUGCAAGUUGCUUUGGCCUGAGACUCAAACACCUGAAGUCUGAGGAGCAUCACUGGCUACAUCCUGAUUUGACUGUGGGAGAGGUGGAGCAGCGUUAUGAAAAACUUCAUGUGGAAGCAGAGUGGAGAUAUGACCUGAGGAUUCGCUACAUACCAGCUAAUUUCUUGGAGAAGUUUAAAGAUGACAAAACUUCAUUGUUAUAUCUAUAUCAUCAGGUUCGGAGUGACUACAUGCAGCAGUAUUCUAGUAAAGUCAGUGAUGGCAUGGCAUUGCAGUUGGGUUGUCUGGAGAUCAGGAGGUUUUACAAAGACAUGAAUGCCAGAGGCCUCGAGAAGAAGUCCAAUUUUGAAUUGUUAGAGAAAGAAGUUGGGCUAGACCUUUUCUUUCCACAGAAACUGAUUGACAGUAUGAAGCCGAGGCAGCUCAGGAAGAUGAUCCAGCAGACGUUUCAGCAAUAUGGCACACUCAAAGAGGAGGAGUGCAUGGUCAAGUUCUUUAAGACCUUUGGUGAAUUCAUUAACUUCAAUGAAGAGGUUUUCCCUUGUGAACUAGUGCAAGGCUGGAGUCUAACAGUGGAUUUAGUCAUUGGAGCAAAGGGUAUUCGCCAACGAAAACAAACUGAUUCACAGACACUAAGUUUAGCAGACUUUAAACAGAUCCGAAGUAUUAAAUGCACUGCACAAAGUGACGGCAAAGCUCUGUUAGACAUUGACAUCAAGGGAGCCAAACAGCCUUUCUCAGUCAAUGUGCCUACAAUGGCGAUUGCAGAGAACAUGGCUGACCUGAUUGAUGGCUACUGCAGGUUGGAGAACAAUACGGAUUCAUCAUUGAUAGCUCGACCCAAUAAAAGUACAGAGCUCCGUAGCUCCCUUCCUGCAAUCCCCUCAGGUAUACUGUUGCCUGAACCCUUGAAAGAGAUUGGACGGCAGAGUCGGAAUUCUGAUAUAUACUGUGAAAUUUCGGACGAGAAACCUCCACCUCCUGCAGUGAAAUUCGGAAUCUCUAGGAACUCCAUAGUCUUGGGACAAAUUUUGGGCGCAGGUUUUUUUGGAGAGGUCUUUGAAGGAGUUUACAAAAAAGAGAACGGUGAGAAGAUCAAAGUGGCUGUAAAGACCUGUAAAGGGUGCUCACCUGAUAUCAUGGAUAAAUUCAUGAGUGAAGCAGCUAUUAUGAAAAAGCUGGACCACCCUCAUAUAGUGAGUCUGAUAGGUAUCAUAGAGGAAGAACCUGUGUGGAUCGUCAUGGAGCUCUACCAGUAUGGUGAGCUUGGGGACUACUUGAACAAAAACCAGAACACUUUGACCAAUGUCACACUAGUCCUGUUUAGCCUGCAGAUUUGCAAAGCUCUGGUUUACUUACAGGGUAGGAACAUGGUACACAGAGACAUCGCCGUGAGAAAUGUGCUUGUCGCCACACCAGAGUGUGUGAAGCUCGGUGACUUUGGCCUGUCCAGAUACAUAGAGAACGAGGAAUAUUACAAAGCCUCUGUUACCCGAUUGCCAAUCAAAUGGAUGGCCCCUGAGUCCAUAAACUUUCGUCGCUUCACCACAGCCAGUGAUGUGUGGAUGUUUGCUGUCUGCAUGUGGGAGAUACUGAGUCGGGGGCAGCAGCCUUUCUUCUGGCUGGAGAACCGUGAAGUGAUUAAUCAGCUGGAGAUGGGCAACAGGCUGCCUAAGCCAGAACUAUGCCCUCCUGCCCUGUACUCACUCAUGACCCGCUGCUGGAGCUACGACCCUAAUGAGAGGCCUAGCUUCACUGAACUUGUCUGCAAUAUCAGUGAUGUGCACAAAAUGGAGAAGGACCUAGAAGCAGAGAAGGAGAGAGACAGAAACAGAGCCACCAGGUUCCUAGAGCCCAAGUUCAAUAUUAGUGAACCGCCUCCAAAGCCCUCAAGACUGAAUCCUGGUCGUUUUGGGAAUACCCUCAACUUCGGUCUGCACAUUCAGAUAAACGAGGCAUUAUGUGCCAGUUCUCCAGAUCUGGCUAGUCCAUGUGAAUAUCAGUCUCCUGUAGACUCCACCAACAACCUCAUGCUUCCCACCAUGCCUGCCCGGCGCCUCAGUCUGGGAGAGGGGGAGUUCAGUGUAGGGCCAUCCAGCAUGGAGGAUGCACAGCGCCUGUGGCAGGUAGAAAAGGAACGGAUGCAGGAGACCAUAAGGAAACAGAAGGAUGAGAUGGUGGAGGACAAACAGUGGCUGGAGAAAGAGGAGAAGCUUCUGGACCCUAAAAUAAAUGAGACCACAGUUGAGAUGGAACCAGACCCUCAACCUAAUAAUAAUGACCUUCAAAAGCCUCCUGAAAAGCCCCCAAGAAUUUCAGUGCAGCCUGCCCCUACAGCAGAGCUAGAUCGCUCUGAGGACAAGGUGUACGAGUGUGUCAUGGAUCUGGUUAAAGUGGUAGUGCAGCUGAAAAAUGACGUGAACACACUACCAUCCACUGAGUACAUAUCCUUAGUCAAGUCUGUUGGAUUGACUUUGAGGGAUUUAAUUUCCAGUGUUGAUGAUGUUCUUCCAUCUUUACAAGGCGCUAUAAGGACAGAGAUUGAGGGCACACAGAAGCUGCUGAAUAAGGACAUGGCGGAGCUGAUCAGUAAGAUGCGGCUGGCUCAACAAAACUCUAUCACCUCUCUGAAGGAGGAGUGCAAGAAGCAGAUGCUGGCAGCAGCUCACACGCUGGCCAUGGAUGCCAAGAACUUGCUGGAUGCAGUGGACCAGGCACGAGUACGUGCCAACCUGGCCAAGCCCAAACCUGAGGAUGCAGUCUUCCUUGACACAGACUAGAGAGAGAUAAAGAGAGAGGACGAGCUUGGUUCUAUUUGUGUUCACAAACAGUCUGAUUCAUAGACAAUUUUCUAUGCUGUCAAAAAAGAUACUGUACUGGUACAUGUUUAAUCUCAAAGGUACAAACGCCCUAAGAGGUACAGCAGAGGUCUUGAAAUUCUGAAUAUGUACCUUGAAUGGAUUUUAAAGGUACACUACGAUCUCUAGGUACAGAAUGCAUACCCUUAUGGUUAUAAAGUUUACUCCUCCUUUUCAGCUAUAGUUUCCUGAAUACAGAUUGCACCUGAAAUAAAAGACUGUCUAUAGGGUAUCCUGUCACUUCAAAUUAAUUUUCAUUUUAAUCAGGAAACCUCAGUGUCGUUGGUUAUACUGUACAAUCUGCUGCAAAGUCUAUCUCCAAGAAAUAAUAUCUUUGUAAUAGGUGAGUUAGGUGGCAUACUUAAGAGUGGGAAGUAAAUUUUCUUGGAGAUAUUUCAGACUAGAUUUCAUCUGGAGAACAACCUUGUUUCUCUACAGUGAAGUAAUAUCUUCAUUCCAUCUUCCUGUAUUGAGCUGCUAGCUCCUGAUACAAUCAAACACAUUCCUUUAAAUGUAUUGUUAGUGUGUUACUGUAUAAUGUGAUAAUUAGCACUACUAUUAUUGGUGUAAAAUGUUUAAAGACAUACAAUGGUCAUGACAUUUCUUUGAUUGCAGAAAUAUGUACCCAAACACUGUAUAUAGAGCAAAAGUAAGUAUCUACAUUCAUAUACUUUCUCAACUCUGUACGGUUCAAGGAUAUGUGACAGACAUAUAUUUAGAAGCAAGUUGUAUCAAAUUGUAUCCGGUUUCAUAAAUGAUAUCUCAGUGUUGUAUUCUCGGGUCUAGGUACAUUUUCGCAACAAACUGUGAGCUAAUAAAAAUGUCAUUGAAAUA